AUGCCCUUACAAGUAAUGGCACUAUUUGUGAAUAUGUCUACAACAGAGUCUAUGGCAACCCUUCUUGGCUUCAAAUCUUUUGUACUAACUAUUGCAGACUAUUAUGUAACAGUUUUUAUAGACAAUCGAGUAGCCAGAAAGAUGGUAGAAUUAGGAGAAGAAAGGCCUUGGCAGAAAGAAAUAAUGCAGAAAGUGGAGACUUUUUUUGAUAGAUUAAAUGACAAGUUACUACUCAAGAAAGCUCAAUCAUUUCAACAGUCAGUUUCACUACCCAGAUAUGGAAGCAGUAUGCAAUGCAAGGCUACUAUAAUAUUAAUAACUCCAGUUUGGCCCUUAGCACCAUGGUGGCCUAUCCUUUUACAACAAAAAACUGAAGUAAUAGAACUUUCUUCUGUAACCAAAAGUUUUAUACUAAGUUAA